CACAACGAUGUCAACCCAACAAGCAUCCACCUCUUCCGCAAAAGCCGCCAUUCUCCAAAAGAACGACAACGACGUCGUCAUAGUCUGUGCAGUCCGUUCCGCCAUCACAAAGGGCAGAAAAGGAGGCUUCAAAGACACCAAACCCGAACUCAUCCUCUCACACGUCCUACGCGCAGCAUACUCCAAGAUAAGCCUCGACCCCAAGCUCAUCGAAGACAUCUCGGUGGGCAACGUUCUCCCCCCAGGGGGAGGCGCCUCCGCCGCACGCAUGGCAGCCCUCCACGCCGGCAUCCCAGUCGAAACGUCCAUCAAUACCGUUAAUCGACAGUGUUCGUCGGGCCUUACGGCCAUCAACCAGAUCGCGAACCAGAUUCGCGCGGGUCAGAUCGAUAUUGGUAUUGGAGCCGGCGUCGAAUCAAUGACACACGGCUUCGGCUCACGCGCAGCCCCCGAAGUAUCCGACGAAGUCCUAACCAACCAAGACGCAGAAGACUGUCUCCUCCCCAUGGGCAUAACCUCCGAAAACGUUGCGAGCGACUACAACAUCCCCCGGUCCGCGCAAGACGCCUUUUCCGCUCUCUCCUUCCAAAAAGCCGCAGCAGCUAAUAAAGCAGGCAAAUUCAAAGCGGAGAUCGUUCCCAUCCUUGCAAAAUGGAUAGACCCAAAGACGGAGGAAGUUAAGGAGGUUUUGGUUAGUGAGGAUGAUGGGAUUAGGGAGGGUGUUACGGCUGAGAGCCUGGCUAAGAUUAAACCGGCUUUCAAGAAGGAUGGUGUUACUCAUGCUGGCAACGCAUCCCAAGUCUCAGACGGCGCAGCAGCCAUCAUCCUCGCCCGUCGCUCCGUCGCUCUCCGCCUCGGUCUCCCAAUCCUAGGCAAAUUCGUAAACGCAGCAACCAUCGGCGUACCCCCCCGCAUCAUGGGCGUCGGUCCCGCCUAUGCCAUUCCCCGCGUUCUUAAAUUGACAGGGCUUAGUAUUGAAGAUGUCGAUUUCUUUGAGAUUAAUGAGGCGUUUGCGAGUCAGGCGUUGUUUUCUAUUGAUACGCUCAAGAUUGGGCAUGAGAAGGUUAAUUUGAAUGGGGGUGCUAUUGCGUUGGGGCAUCCGUUGGGGUGUACCGGUGCGAGACAGGUAGCCACGGGCCUUAGUAUCGCCAAGCAGACGGGUGGAAGGGUCUUCGUGACGAGUAUGUGUAUUGGGUCUGGGAUGGGGAUGGCGGCUGUUUUCGUUAGUGAGCAGUAAGCCCUAGGUGGAAAGGAUGUAUUUUGUUAUUUAACAAUGUGAAUUAUUAAUGCGGUCAAGGUUU